AUGUUCAGCUUUGAAGGAAAAUAUCGUCGAACACCUGGACAAUCUUUAGGAGGAGCAAGUCAAACGGUAGAGAAAGAAUCAUUAAUAAAGAAAUUUCAAGAUCAAAGAAAUAAAAGAGAGGAUGAAAGACGUAAACAGUCCAGUGCUAUUAAGAUACAGUCCUGUUUUAGAAGUUAUAUUACUAGAAAGUUUCAGAGUGAUAUAUUAAGAAGAGAAUUUGAUACAGCACGAAACAGUCUAGAGAAGAAUUCAAGUGUAGAUCACAAAACUCUAUAUGAAAUGAUCUGUAGACUGGCUUAUUUCUACAAACCACAAGAUGGUCAAAGAUUGAUAUUUAUUUUUCAAGAAUUAUUAAAGAAAGGAUUUGAUUAUAUAAAAACUAUUGAUAAUAUAUACAAUAAUGGCUUGCUUCAUUUAAAACAGAUUCUUCAUCUUUCUAUCAAGUAUUUAAGAUGUAUAGCAGCUAGAAAUGAACCUAUAGCUUUACCAAUGAGAAUAUUAGAACUGUUUUUAUCACCUAUAAAUAAGAAUGAUAAUAUAACAUUAUCUGGAUUUGAUUCUAAUUUUGUAUUUUCUUCUAUAAUAUAUCACAUAGUCAAAUCAGGUUAUUUUGUAUGUUUGAAAGAGUUAUUAAAGAAUAAAGUACCAUCUAGUAUUGAAAAAAGUUCUACACCACCAACCCCUAUAGCUUCAAGUUUGUUUAAUCUUAUUAUGAUCCCUGUACAAUUUAUUACUAUCACUUCUAACAAGGAAUUAGGAAAUUUUGUGAUGAAAUCAAUGUCUAAAGUUUUCCUGUGUGAAAAGUUUAGUGAACAAAUUGAGUCAUUUUUGCUACCAGCUUUCACAAAUUCCCACCAAUUUCCUUUUGAACAUCUGAUAGAUAGCCUGAUUAGUUUUGAGAAAGUGAAGGAUGAAUUACAUACAAUAGUCGAUAUUACACCAUCACCUUAUCUUUUAUCAUCAUUAUUAACAUUAUCACAGAAUUUUAUAUCAGUUGAUAUAAAGAAUUGUGUGGUUAUAAAAUAUAUCAAGUUAUUAGAUAUACUAUUAUCAUCAUUGAUACCGCUUAAUAAACAUCAAUAUAUGACAACUGAUUCUGAUAAUGAAGAUGAUGAUUUUAUGGAACAUGAAGAUGAGAAAUCCAUUGAAAUGAUGUAUUUAAGAGAAGAGAUAUUACAACAGUUAAAUUCAACAUGUCAGAUCAAGUGUUUUAUAAAUUGUUUAAGAAGUAAUAGUUACAAUAUAGAUGUAGUUCAGAGUGUUUGUAGUAUUUGUUAUAAGUUGAUGGCUGUACAUAUGGUUUCUAUCAAUAAAAUGAGAUUGUUAUACACGUUAUCUCUUCACUCAUCAUUUGUAUAUAACAUAUGGAAUAUAUGUAAAGCUUUAUCAACAGAAACAUGUACAGGAUCAACAACAUCAUUACUGUCAAUGUUAGGUAAAGGUUUACCGAUGUAUGAAAGUGAUAAGCAACGAAUUAUUUGUAUAUUAUAUGUUUUCUGUGCAAUGUUCAGCCAUUCUUUAAUAACAUUACAUGAUGCUGAAUUCUACGGUGAAGAAAGAUGUAAGUUAAACUCCCAAUAUGCAGCAAUGCCCUUUUCUUUAUCAGAAUUAGUGCCAAUGAGUUAUUAUCUAAGAGAUGCAUGUUUAGGUAUAUUAGAUCUUGCCCAUCCUGAUAUAAAACAUUCUAUUAAUGAUGAAUAUCAACAUGCUCUAGUUCACACAUUUAACAACAGAAAAUCUGAUCAAGAUAUUCAAGAUGAAGAAAAGAAAACAUGGAUAUGUCUCUUUAAGGUGGUAGUGGUAUUAGUAAGACAAUUAUAUAAUCGUGAUACUAGAAGAAGAUUUUGUCCUAAAACUCACUGGCUAUCAAGUCAUGUUACUGUACAGGCAAAUAGAGUAAGUAUAUCAUUAUUGCCCUCUGUAAAACAAGUUAUAGUAAGUCAAUUUUUUUUCAAAUUGUCAUUAAAUACUACAUUUACACUAUAUGAUGAAAGUCCACCACUAGCUAAUAGAGAUGUCAGAAAUUUAAUUGUUUUAACAGAAAUACCCUUUGUUAUAUCAUUUGCUGAAAGAUUUAAGAUUCUACAAAGGUUAAUAAUGGCUAAUAAAGAAGAGAAUCAAAGUGAAAUGACCAACUUUUUAGUUGGACCCUCUAUUAAUAUUGCUAUUAGAAGAGAUUAUGUCUAUGAAGAUGCCUUUGAUAAAUUAUCACCAGAAAAUGAAGCUAAUCUGAAGUUAAAGAUGAGAGUUCAGUUGAGAAAUGCUGCUGGUUUAGAUGAGGCUGGUAUUGAUGGUGGUGGUGUAUUUAGAGAAUUCCUGACACAUCUAUUAAAAACUGCCUUUGAUCCUAAUAGAGGUUUCUUUCAAUAUACAACAGACAGAUUAAUAUAUCCUAAUCCUCAUGCUUCACAAUUAGAAGAUAAUUAUAUCAAACAUUAUUAUUUUAUUGGACGUAUGUUAGGCAAGGCUAUAUAUGAAAACAUGUUGGUAGAAUUACCUUUUGCCAGUUUUUUCUUGGCUAAGAUAUUAAGUAGUCAUGGUUUUAACUUAGAUAUACAUUAUCUUCAAUCUUUAGAUCCAGUCAUGUAUAGAAAUCUGCUGUCAUUAAAGAAUGAAAUAGAUGUAUCAGAAUUAGGAUUAGAUUUUUCUGUUAUUGAUAAUAGUUUUGGAGAAAAUAAGAUUAUAGAAUUAAAACCAGGUGGAAGAAAUAUUCCAGUUACAAAUGAAAAUAAAAUAGAAUAUGUUCAUUUAAUGGCCGAUUAUAAAGUAAACAGACAGAUACACAGCCACUGUGCUGCUUUUAGACAAGGUAUGGCUGAUGUUAUAAGUUUAGAAUGGUUACAAAUGUUUGAUCACCACGAGUUUCAAAUUUUGAUAUCAGGUACAUCUACACCCAUAAAUAUUGAUGAUUUACGUCACAAUACCAGUUAUUCCGGUGGAUUUAGUGAAACACAUCCUGUCAUUGAGUUAUUUUGGAAAGUUGUAGCAAGUUUUACAGAUCAACAGAAGAGUCAGCUGUUAAAAUUUGUAACAAGUUGUUCUCAACAACCAUUAUUAGGUUUUAAGGAUUUAUAUCCACCAUUUUGUAUUCAUGAUGCUGGAACAGAUCUUGAUCGUCUACCAACAGCUUCAACUUGUAUGAACCUGUUAAAAUUACCUCAUUUUACUGAUGAAUCCCUUCUUAGAAAUAAACUGCUUUAUGCCAUUGAAUCUAAUGCAGGCUUUGAAUUAAGUUAA